CCAUACGGAGGAACGUGAGAUCCGUAUAGGCGAACAGCCGGGCGGUUCACGACUGUGACGGACGCCGUUCCUGAGUUUCUCCUGGCCAUGGGCCCGCGGAGCCGGGAGCGGCGGGCGGGAGCAGUACAGAGUACCAAUGACAGCAGCGGUCUCAGCAAGAGUUCCCUGGCUGCGCGCGGGUACGUGCAGGACCCCUUCGCUGCGCUGUUGGUUCCGGGGACCGCGCGCCGCGCGCCGCUUAUUCACAGAGGUUACUACGUCCGCGCGCGCGCUGUGCGGCACUGCGUGCACGCCUUCCUGAAGCGAACGCGUGCGUGCCCCGAGGCACCUCGCGCCCAGAUUUUGUCUUUGGGCGCGGGUUCUGACUCGCUAUACUUUUGCCUCAAAACUGCUGGCCUCCUGACCAGGGCUGCAGUAUGGGAGGUGGAUUUCCCGAAUGUGGCGUGGCGCAAAGCCGAGAGAAUUGCAGAGACACAGGAACUGUGCGCGUUAACUGGGCCGUUCCAGAGGGGCGGUCCAGCGUCUGUGCUGUGCUUUCAGAGCGUGGACUACUGCAUUCUGGGCUUGGACCUACAGCAGAUCCAGGAAUUGGAUGAGGCCCUGGCGGCCGCGGGCCUGGACGUGGCCUCACCCACUCUGCUCCUGGCUGAGGCGGUGCUGACCUACCUCGAGCCGGAUAGUGCUGCAUCCCUGAUCACGUGGGCAGCCCGGCGUUUUCCUGAUGCCCUUUUCGUGAUCUAUGAGCAAAUGAAGCCUCAGGAUGCAUUUGGGCACUUCAUGCUGCAACACUUUCAGCAGCUGAAUUCUCCCCUUCAUGGUCUGGACCGCUUUCCAGACGUGGAGUCCCAGCGGUUCCGCUUCCUUCAAGCUGGCUGGACUGCCUGCAGUGCCAUGGAUAUGAAUGAAUUCUAUCACCGCUUUCUCCCCGCAGAGGAACGCCGGCGAAUGGAAAAUCUUGAAACCUUUGAUGAGUUUGAGGAGUGGCAUCUCAAGUGUGCCCACUAUUUCGUUUUGGCAGCUUCUAGGGGAGACACCCUGUCCCAGACUCUGGUGUUUCCACCCUCAGAGGCAUUUCCUCAGGUAGACCCUGCUUCGCCUUCAGGAGUCUUCAGUGCCAGAAUAGUCUCUAGUGACAAUCAGGGCCCAACCCUUAAGGCAUAUGGCCAUGCCUCUGUCCUCCUGAGCUGGGGCCUUAUUCUCAGUGCAGGAGGCUUUGGAGAACAGGAGAGGCGGCACUGCCGAGUGAGCAAAUUUCACUUGCUCUCAAGAAAUUGUGACUCUGAAUGGAAAGGGUUCCAAAUAGACAGUUGGGGGACUGGAACCCAGUGGGAUGGACGUCUUUAUCACACCAUGACAAGACUUUCAGAUACUCAGGUUCUGGUUCUGGGAGGGAGACUAUCCCCAGUAAGUCCAGCCUUGGGCCCUCUACAGAUUCAUUUAUUUAAGAAUGAAGAUAAUAGCACUGAGAGCCUGAAUGUGACAGUAACAAAGGCAGAUCCAGAAGAUUUCACUUUGUCUUGUUGGCGGCAUUCAACAACUGAAGUGUCCUAUCAGAAUCAGAAAUAUUUGUUUGUGUAUGGGGGUCGAAGUGUGCUAGAACCUGUACUGAGUAACUGGCAUUUCCUGCAUGUAGGGACAAUGACUUGGGUCAGGAUCCCAGUGGAGGGGGCAGCACCUGAAGCUAGGCAUUCCCACAGUGCCUGCAGUUGGCAAGGGGGAGCCCUUAUUGCUGGAGGUCUUGGGGCUUCUGAGGAGCCAUUGAACUCUGUACUCUUUCUGAGGCCAAUCUCUUAUGGAUUUCUUUGGGAAUCAAUAGAUAUCCAGCCUCCCAUUACCCCAAGAUACUCCCACACAGCUCAUAUACUCAAUGGAAAGCUGCUACUGGUGGGAGGGGUCUGGAUUCAUUCUUCCUUAAUCCCGGGAGUGACUGUUAUCAAUUUGACUACAAGAUCGAGCUCUGAGUAUCAGAUUGACACAACAUGUGUGCCGCGGCCACUAAUGUUACACAACCAUACCAGCAUCCUCCUUCCUGAAGAGCAACAACUCUUGCUCCUUGGAGGUGGGGGGAACUGCUUUUCCUUUGGCACUUAUUUCAACCCCCAUACAGUGACAUUAGACCUUUCUUCUUUAAUUGUUGGGCAGUAAAGACUGAACUCUUGAUAUAUUCAGAACUCACUAGACAAUAAAGGUUUCCACAAAUUGGACUUGAAUCUGGCUCUAGAUAUUGCUGCUUCUUCCUCCUUUUUUGUUUUUCUCCUUAGCUCCAAAGGAGUUUUAAGAAAGUGAAAAAGGGGCUGGGGAUAUAGCUCAGUUGGUAGAGUGCUUGCCUCCCAAGCCCAAGGCCCUGGGUUUAAAUCUCCAGCACCAAAAAAAAAAUGUGAAAAAGGGUAUUAAAAUACAUACCAACAAUCAGAGAGAUGAUAUAGUUAGAACAAUCAUACAGUCCUAGAGCAAGGACUUUUGCAUUCAUGUAUCCUGUUUAUUGGACUUUUACCAUCUUCAAAUCUAAGUUUAGCCAUUUAUUGAGUUUUAGUGGCCUUCAUACUAAGGCAAGUAUAAAAUUUCCCAAACCUAGGUCUUGUGACUUGAGAAUGUACCUUAGAAAAAGUUACACACAGAUUCUUGGUAAGAAAUAAAGUUGAAUAUAGUGGAAGGAACAUGAAGAACAUGGCAUUAACUUAAUUAUUUGCGUAUGAAAUCUAAGUGAAGACAGUUGAAGUUUUGUUAAGGUAUUGUGCUUUUAAGUGCCACUCAACAGCUUUAACAAGAAGCAUUGUAUGACUAUUGAAAACCAUGUUUUAAUUUAUUUUUUGCUACUUAUUUUAUAUUUAUUUAGAUUUAUAAGUGCCAAUAAACCAGAUAUUUGAUGACUCAAUUCAUAUUGUACAUGGCAUAAUAAUGUUUUGUUCUACUCUACCUUUCACUGUCCAUCCAUCCCUAUGUUCUGUGCCCAAAGCACCUUACUUUGAUGGACUGCAUCAAUCAACUCUAGUUUUUGGUUGAGUUCUACUAGAGGCACUACAAGAGGGGAAUAGGGGCAGGAAGAGUGAA